AUUAGCCACUCCAGACAGUUGGUUUUCUGGUGAAACUCACAGAGCACCACCUCAGAGCACCAGGCUUCAGGACCAGGCAGAUCUGGACUGAAUCUGAGCUCUGUUACCACUGUGCUGGGAAGUGUGGGGCCACUGCUUCAUCUGUGCAUGGUUCAUCUUUAAAUAAAGCAAAAAUGGAUCGAGUGAAGACCUUCCAUGAAGACAUCCGAGAGAGACGCUGCAAGCCGUAGAGCCCGCGGGCCCCGUGUGCCCACAGCCGCCUGCAGCGACCGCAUGGCGUAAGGGCAACGGAGGGCACCCACCUGGAGGGAGCGCGGGCCGUGUGCGUUCUGCCCACCUCUGGGCCACGAAGGCUGCUGAGCCAGAGCGUUCCGUGGAGGAACGAGGGCGAGCAGCGUGAAGAUGGAGACCUCGGUCUCCGAAAUUCAGGUCGAGAACAAGGAGGAGGGGCGCUCGGCGGAAGCCAGCCCUCAGGGUGAGAGGCCGGGGGACCAGGCGGCCACGCUGUGCUUCAAGCGAAGGAAGAAAGCAGCCCCGGCGCCGAAGCAAAAGCCGAAGCCCGCGGCGGGUUCUGAGGGCCCGGCCGCCGCCAGGCCCGGCCCUGGCCCCGCGGGCGCUGGAGCUUCCCAUCAGCCCCCGCGGCGCGCAGGCGCCUGGGCCUCCCUCCAGCGCCUCGUGACGCGCCGGAAGCGGGCGGAUUCCGCGCAGGCGCAGAGGCUUGAGGAGGAGGAAGCGCGGUCCGACGUCCGAGCCGAGGACGCCGCCCUGCCCAAGAAGAGGCCAAGAUCCAGACUGAAGAUUCCUUGCGUGAAAUUCUCAAGAGGGGGCAAGAAGGGCGCGCGUUCCCAGAUUCUCGAGGACUCCGACUGCAGCGGCAGAGUCCAGGGAGAGGCGGAAGGGUCGACUACCGGGGCCCGGACCCCGUCGGCCGAGCGGGCAGCCAAGGCCGUGCCGGCCCCGGCGCCCCCAGAGGCCUCUGAGGCCCCUGGCCGCGGCCGCGGGCCUUCCGGGGAGCAAGUGAUCGCCGUGGAGCUGGGUUCCGAUGGCGGGCGGCCUGCUGUGCAGACGGGAGCGCUCGUCCUUGGGAAAGACAGCGACACGGCGCAGGAGGAGGAGGAGGAACCGGGAGUUCAAGCCCAGCCAGCCGGUGCGCUCGAGGCUGCAGGUGCAGAGCCUCGCAGUGAGGCAGAAGCCGAGGACAGCGUCCCCGAGAGCCGGCAGGAUCGGGAAGACUCGGAGAGAGAGGUGGCCGUGGCGGAGACUGAGCCCGAAGACUCUGGAUUGCGCCAGGAAUCAGACUGGAAAGAAAAUGGCGUCCCUGCAGAGAAACCCCAAGCAGAGGAGAGCAAAAGGAUGGAGCCCAUUGCCAUUAUUAUCACAGACACGGAAAUCAGUGAAUUCGAUGUGAAGAGGUCGAAAAAUGUCCCCAAGCCGUUCUUAGUUUCAGUGGACAAUGAUGGUGGUGUGGAGGGGAGAACUUCAGAACAGUAUGAGACGCUCUUGAUAGAAACAGCGUCUUCGCUCGUCAAGAAUGCCAUCCAGUUGUCUAUAGAACAGCUGGUCAAUGAAAUGGCCGCUGAUGACAACAGAAUAAACAGCCCCCUGCAGUGACUUCAUUUCUGAAUCCUGGGAGAGGGCCGAAAGCUCCUGGUGAAUUAUUUUCCACAUUUAUGGCAUUUAUUUAUUUGUUAUUCAGUGCCAAAUGAGAACUCCUACAAAACUCUCCAGUCCGCUGAGACGCAGUCACUUCCGGAUUGGAGGAAGUCUGUGCAGACUUGGAAUGCCGAGUGAAGCGCUGGGUGUGACUAAGAUGGGUGUGGAGAAUGGAGAGCUUUGGGGAGAAAGGAUGUAUUUAUCAAGCACUUACCGUAUGCCCCAGGCUCUUUCAUGUCCUCUGAUGUCAUAGAGUCCGGUUGAAACAUUUUUUUUCAAAAACUUUUCCUGACGGUGCGUUUUUAUCUUGUUUAAGAUGAUGACUAGGGUGAGCUCUUUUAGUGACAUGUGGUUUUUAGUUAUUACACUCAUAAAGCAAGUCCUCUCACCUCAAGAAAUGUAUUUUGUCAGUUUCAGCAGUGAGUGUGCAGAAUACGCAUGUUGGAAUUAAACGUGAGUGGUUUCUAGUCUUGAGCACUGUUCCUUGCAAAUGCCACUCACUGGUUCCUUCAGCCAGGCACGUACAAAAGUGUGGAAAGAGUGCAUCGUUCCUCCCCAUCUUCCUCCUGCCCCAGUAGGCCUGGAUACAUCUAUUUCUACAGAGGCUGAUCUGCUAAAGAAAAAAACAACAAAAGCAAGACAAAGAGAAGGUUACUUUUUGUCCAAUAGAAGGAAGGAGGUGGACUUCCCAAGUAGCAAAUGGCCACGGCUCACCAUAACACUGACCUUGCAAAAUCACUUCUGAGAAGCUGGUUAGUCAGCCUCUCUUCCCAGAGGGGAGAGUAAAGGAAGUCAGAUCCAGGCUUGGAAGUUAAGGUCCUAGGAGGCCACAGUAAUUUAGUGAAAACGUCACUGAUUCAUGGCCAAGAAUGAGCCACUGGCAUGGUUGACUAGAAAGAGCAAAGUUAUUGCUACAGCACAUUUUAUUUUAAUUGCCAGUAUUCUUUCAUUGUCUCUAGGUAUUGAGAGACCAGCAAAAAGCUUUUUUCAUGGAUAUUGAAAAUCAAGUUUUUCAUUGUGAUUUUUCAGUCCAGUUAAUACUUUACCAAGAGGAAAAGGGCUUAUUUGCAGUUUACUCAGUUAUUUAAAGGGUAGCUUCUGAUCUCAUCAGUGAUUGCUGAAUUUGUUGACGUGCGAAAGUAUCUUCACAUUUUCCUCCCUUCAUGCUUGUAGCCUUUGGGAGAAAUCCUUCAGCUCAGCAAGAUGGAAAGUGGGUCUUUCUACAUACAUGACCCAGGAAAUAAAUUUCUUUAAAUUCUACAGUUCUUAAGCAUGAAGGAAAAAAACCGCUAAGUCAUUCUGAAAAGACUCUUUUCAGUUCACUAUAUGUGGUGCUAACGGACUUGAACAGCUACCAGCAAAACUCCUAUCACAUUAAAAAGUGAACAGUGGGCAAACCCGAUGAAGAUGAGUGCAUUUAGCCCUGUUUGAAGACUCUGGUCUUCAUUUUCUACAAGGAUGGCUCCAAGCCAACAUAUCUGUGUUGGAAGCUUUUACUAAUUGCUUAAGAAUGAGCAUAGCACUUAUGAGUUAUUAAAAAUAUUUUUGGAAGGUUUAGACAUUUGGGAUUUUUAAAAGCAGUUACAAGGUCUUUUUGGUUAAGAAAGUAACUUUUUAAGUAGUUGUAGGUGUUUUUUUUUUCCACUGUGCUCUUAUAGAUAUUUUUGGGUAGAAUAUAUUAUUGUCUUUAUGAUGAGAUGUGUGUUCACUGCAUCCAUCCCUAAGCAAUUUUCCCUCAGUCUUUUCUGUUGAGAGUAUCUCUUUGGAAAAGGAAUCUGGAAAUUAAUUGGUCUCAGUCUCAUUCUGUCUGCUAUGUGGCCAGAUCAUUUUACAGUGAAUUCUAGAGUGACCCAACUUGUUUAAUUGUCAUAGAAAUAAUCAGGAAUCAGAUGGCUCACAAGUCUCAAAAAUAUUUUUAUUAUAAUGGUAUUUAUUUUAAGUAAUUUGACCUUAAAUGCAAAGCAUUCACUGAAUGUAAAUAGGUUCUGAUGCAUCCGUUUGACAACAUAAAAAUGUUCAUUUAAAAGGUUUAAACUUAAGAACACCACAUUAAUUUUCAUCUAAAUGCUGCUUUUAGUGCUUUUAUUUAUUAGCUAGGAUUCAGUUUCUCUUUGAACUUGGAAUUUUACAGGAUUGGGGGAGCUAAUCAAGUAUUUGUUCAUUUUUUUCAGCAUAUUCUAUCCCCUCUCAUUUUUUUAAGGUUUAUUUAUUUGAGAGGCAGAAUUACAGAGAGGCAGAGAGAAAGAGGGAGGUCUUCCUUCCUCUGGUUUACUCCCUAAAUGGCUGCAGUGGCCAGAGCUGGGCCAAUCUGAAGCCAGGAUCCAGGAGCUUCCCCCAGGUCUCCCAUAUGGGUGCAGGGGCACAAGGACUUGGGCCAUCUUCUGCUUCUUUCUGACCGAGGCUGUAGCAGAGAGCUGGAUCAGAAAUGGAGCAGCCGGACUCAAACCGGUGCCCAUAUGGAAUGCCGGCACUGCAGGCAGUGGCUUUACCCGCUAGGCCGUGGUGCUGGCCUCUGUGUUCCCUCUUUUAAGAGAAGUUUGCUUCUUACAACCCAGAGAUUAUGAAAAGUCUCCCUUAUUGUACGUAGCACUGUGCACUUGCCAUUUUUUUUCAAACCACCUUAUAGGAUACAAAAAUAGUUCCUGGUAACAUUGAAGUAAAAGUAGCAGAAAACAAAAGAGCUUUCAAACAGAAUUAUGUUCCCUGCCACCUCCUCCACCUCAAAGAAUAAUAAGCAGGGGGCACAACUGGAGUUCUUCAGAGAAGCUGUCUGCAUGAUUUUCUUCCAGGGUAAUGCACCUGACAGCAUGAGAUUGCGAGAUCUCAAUUGUUCUGCUGUUUAGUAGGGCCUUAGAGACGCUUUGAUUUACUCCGGAGAGAGGCUGUCGUUUCACCAGUAUAUGCGGAUAGGCGUCUCGCAGAAAUUGGGCUCAGAAUCACCAGAGACCAGCCACAUCUGGCUCCAAGCAAUCCGGUUAAUUUCAUGUGUAUAUUUCUAACUUCAAGUUGCCUUAUUUUUUACAGUUAAGAAUUUUUUAGGGGUUUACAGCAGAAUUAAAAAAAAAAUAAUUGUUAGACUUUGGAAUUCCCCUUUUAAUGUCAAUUUUAUUGAGAUGUGAAGUGUACUUUCUAAUUUCCUCUGAUAAGCUACACAUCAAAGUUUGACUUUUCUGUCUGCCAAUCUGCAUUUUUAAUAUCUUCAAGGUUGAGAGUUCUUUAGGUUCAAAUUUCUAUAUUUUAUUGUGUAAUAUGAAAUUUCUUGUACAGAAUUCCAAAUUUCGAUCCUAGUACCUUUUUGAAAAAAAUUUUUUUUAUAAUCCUUAUUUAGUUACCAAGAAAUUUUAGGAAGAAGUGAUGUAAACUUGGGUGUCGUGAUUAAAUUCCAUCUGAUUUAACACAUGUGUUAGGCAUAACACAAGCCAGAAGCUGUUUAAUGAUGGGACAGGUUUGCUGGCCUCCAGGGGCUCAGCUUAGGGAGCAGUGAUGAGAGGAACUAGGGCAGAGGUGAAGGCUGAGAGCCCUGGACGAUUCUGCCGCUCAAGUGCCAUGUAGGGGAGUAGAAAGCGCUGCUGAUUGUUCUGGCGUGGGGCAGGUGUGGUGUGAAUACAGCAGUCUGCAAGCUCUCAGUGCCUGAGCGGUUACACAGUGUAUUCACUCUGAUUUGUGACUAGGUGCAGGAAGAAGCCUGCAUAAUGUUACAUAUUUAUAGUAGUCCUUUGUCUGUAAAAAUGUUAAGUGGAUGAGCUCUUAUGGAAGUAAAAUUCCAUUUUGUAUUUCUCAUUAGAAUUAGUAUUAUAUGACUGUGGCUCAGAUGCUAUUAUUAAAGAAAGAAGAUUCUGUGGAAAAAAGGUUUCAAGGUGAAUUCUCUGUGUGCUGAUGAUAAACGCUAAGAAUAAACGCUAAGUUGUUUGGCCAGACCUCUCCAGUGCGGGGGGGUGACGUUCAGUUCCCAGGCUGGAAAGAUCACACUGAACACUGAUGGGUUCCUGAGAACACUGCCAGAAGUUCCGCAGGCUGUCAGCAACCCGAGGGGCAACCUCCCGCCAGGGCCGUGUGAACACUGCAACUUGGACCUCAUUCAGGCGACCUGGUGCCUCUGGACCCAUUGCCGUCUGCGGAUUUGACAGAACGGGUUUGAUCCUCGCUCGCUGUCCUCACUAGGUGUCCUUUCUGCUUUAUGCCAGCCUGUAAGUGCUAAGAAUCUUUACAUUUUCCAAACAACUCCGCUGUCUUGAUACGAAAAUGCUCAUUCAGAUGGUACCUGCUAAAGCUGGGUGUUCCAAACUUUCUGUGUGCACGGAGGCACUGACUGCAUUCUGCUAAGGUUAACAAUCUCGUUUUUUGGUUUUGUUUUUUAAGUUUACUUAUUUGGAAAGCAGGCGGACAGAGGUCUUCCAUCCGCUGGUUCACUCCCAAAUGCCGGCAACAGCCAGGACUGGGCCAGGCUGAAGCGAGGAGGCAGAAAUUCCAUCCUGGUCUCCAACGUGGAUGGCAGGGACCCAAGAAUUUGGAUCCUCAUCUGCUGCCUUCCAGGUGUACGUUAGCAGGAAGCUGGACCAGAAGCAAAGGCAGGACUUGAUCCCAGGAACGCUGAUACAGGAUACAAGUGUUGCAAGUGGCAGCUUAACCCACUGUGCCACGAUGCCCACCCUGUACAAUAACCCUGUUUUUUCUUGCAUGCAACCAGUGUGGAGAAUGGGACCCCACAGGAGACUCCGCUGUCAGCCCUAUGGGUGCAUGGGCUGCACCAACCACAGAGGAAAUGUUUGGAGGAAAAAGUUACCUUUGUACCUCUGUACUGUACAGACUUUGCCUUGUCAUUAUUCCCUAAGCAAUACGAUUUAGCAGCUAUAUAUAUGGGAUUUGUAUUAGAAUGAUAAGUUAUCUAGAGAUGACUUAAAGUUUGCAGGAAGACAUGCAUAUUAUGUGCAAAUGCUAUGCCAUUUUAUAUAAGGGACUUCAGCAUCUGUGGAUUUUGCUGUGUAUGGGGCCAUAGAACUAAUACCCCACUGACACUGAGAUACAAGUGUAGUUUCUUUUCCUUCCUUCCUUCCUUCCUUCCUUCCUUCCUUCCUUCCUUCCUUCCUUCCUUCCUUCCUUCCUUCCUUCCUUUCUUUCUUUCUUUCAAGAUUUCUUUAUUUAUUUGCAAGGGAGUGUUAGAGAGAGGCAGAGGCAGGCAGGCAGGUGGGGGUGGGGGGGGUCUAUGUCAUCUGCUGGUUCACUCCCCAGUUGGCCGCAAUGGCUGGAGCUGGGCUGACCUGAAGCCAGAAGCCAGGCAUCCCUUCUGGGUUUCCCACGUGGGUGUAGGGGCCCAAGGACUUGGGCCAUCUUUACUGCUCUCCCAGGCCAUAGCAGAGAGCUGGAUGGGAAGUGGAGCAGCCAGGACCUGAACUGGCGCCCAUAUGGGAUGCCGGCAUUGCAUGUAGUGGCUUUACCUGCUACACCACAGUGCCAGCCCCAGUCAAGCGUAGUUUUUAAGUGUUGGAACAGAUUUAAAAGUUGGUAUUAUCUAGGAAGUCCUAAAGCUAAAUCUAGUUCCAAAGCAAAAUGUCUUCCUCAUCUACAAGCAUCACAGGUGUGUAAUGUCUCAUGUUUUGCAGAAUGUUUAAAAGUUGUAUUAAAUCACUUAUUUCCUUC